AUGCUGUUCUUACAGCUACUUCUGUUCUUAUUACCGCUGCUAGCUCUUGCUGCACCGGAUUUCUAUAAGGUCCUAGGAGUCGACAAGAAAGCUACAGACAGAGAACUCAAAAAGGCCUAUAAGCAGCUAUCAAAGAAAUACCAUCCAGACAAGAACCCUGAAAACGAAGAAGCCCAUCAAAAAUUUAUCGAUGUAGCGGAAGCCUACGAAGCUCUUUCAAAUGAAGAAUCCCGCCGAGUCUACGACAAAUACGGUUACGACGGCUACAAGCAACACCAACAAGGCGGCGGCCAAGGCGGCGGACACCACGACCCCUUCGAUCUAUUCUCCCGAUUCUUCGGCGGCGGUGGCCAUGCCGGCCACGGCCACGGACAACGUCGUGGUCAUAACAUGGAAGUUAAAGUCUCCGUACCCCUCAAGGACUUCUACAACGGAAACCGUGUGGAAUUCGCAGUCGAGAAACAACAGAUUUGUGAAGAAUGUGAGGGUUCUGGAUCUAGUGACGGACAUACCGAGAAGUGUGAUCAGUGUAAUGGACGUGGUGUGAGGAUUAUUAAACAAAUGCUUGCUCCUGGGAUAUUUCAACAGAUGCAGGCGGUUUGUGAUAAAUGUCAGGGUAAGGGUAGUAAGAUCACAAGUCCUUGUCCUGUAUGCCGUGGCGCUCGGGUGGUUAAGAAGCCCGUCACGCAUUGGUUGGAGGUCGAUAAGGGUGUGCCCAACGGUAUGAGGGUUAGCUUUGAAAACGAGGCCGAUGAAAGUCCCGAUUGGGUCGCUGGGGAUCUUAUCGUUCAACUUGACGAGCGGAGCCCGGUUGAUUCGCCUAACACAGAGAAUCUCGAUGGAUGGUGGUUCAGACGGCGCGGAAAAGAUUUGGUUCACAAGGAGGUCUUGAGCUUAAGAGAAGCUUUGUUGGGCGAUUGGAGUAGGAAUCUUACGCAUUUGGAUGGUCACGAGGUUAAACUUGGCAGGAAGAAGGGACAGGUUAUUCAACCGGGCCAUGUGGAUGUUAUCAAGGGCGAAGGUAUGCCUGUUUGGCAAGAGGAUGGACAUGGUGAUUUACUUGUGGAGUAUACCGUCAUUCUACCCGAUCAGAUGCAGAGCGGGAUGAGGAAGGAUAUCGAAGCUAUAUUUGAGAAGUGGAGACAGAAGGUUGGAGUUAAUCCAAAGGAUGAGCUAUAG